UUUCCGGGAAGAUGUCGGCGGCGUGGAGAGCGGCGGUGGCGGCGGCUGCCCGAGCCCCGCUCCGGGGGCGGCUCGCCGGGAUGCGGCCCCCGCGCAGCCAGCGCCGCUCGCCCGCAUGGGGGGCCGUCGCCGCCGCCGCCGCCCUGGUCGGGGGAGGCUGCCUGGCGGUGUGUUACAGCCGGCGGCCGCUCGUGAUCCCCACGGUCCUGGCUCAGAAGGCAGAUGUCAUUCGUGCAGAAGUGGAUGAAAGACUGUCGCUUCGAAAGCACCGCUUCAUGCAUUUUGCAUCACUGGAAUAUGAAGGAGAACAUUACAUGACACCAAGAGAUUUCUUGUUCUCAGUAAUGUUUGAUCAAGUUGAACGCAAAGCCUCAGCCAAGAAACUGACAAAAAAGGAGGUAGAUGCUGCACUGCUGUAUGUUGCCAAAGCUAAACCAGGACCAACCUUUUUUAGAGAGCUUGGUGAUAAAGGGUUGAUAUCUUAUGCAGAAUAUCUGUUUUUGCUGACAAUUCUUACGAAACCCCGGACUGGACUUCAGAUUGCCUUUAAAAUGUUGGAUGCAGAUGGCAAUGAACAAGUUGAAAUGAAAGAAUUCUUUAAGCUACAGAGAAUCAUUGGGAAGGAAGAUGACUUGAAAGCAGCUGGAGACGAAACAGUACUUUGGGAAACAGAACUGGACAGCUGUGGUGUUAAUACCAUGUUGCUGGUACAUUUCUUUGGAAAACAAGGAAAGGAAAAACUUCGCUUUUCCGAGUUUUUCAGAUUCAUGGAAAAUCUGCAAACAGAAGUCCAAGAAAUGGAAUUCAUCAAGUUUGCAAAGGGUUUGAGCGUCAUGAGAAAAGAAGACUUUGCAGCAUGGUUGCUGUACUUCACUGAUGAGGAAAACAAUGAAAUUUACUGGCAGAAUGUGAAAGACAGAAUUGACACAGGAGAGAACAUCAGUUUGGAAGAAUUCAAGACUUUCUGCAAGUUCACAAAUAACCUGGAAGACUUUUCUAUUGCCAUGCAGAUGUUUACUGUAGCCAAUCGUCCUGUUAAGCGGGCUGAGUUCAAGAGAGCAGUGAAGGUGGCAACAGGACAGGAUCUGUCAGAUAAUGUUUUGGAUACCAUCUUCAAGAUUUUUGAUCUAGAUGGAGAUGACUGCCUCAGCCACAGCGAGUUUCUUGGCGUCGUGAGGAACCGAAUUCAUCGAGGUUUGAGGGUACCACAGCAGCAAGGCAUUCAAGGUUUCUGGAAGUGUGUGAAAAAAGAAAGCAUUAAAGGAGCCAAAGAACUGUGGAAGCAAACUGGGAAAAGUCCUUUUUAAAGCAGUCCAUUUUUCUUUUGCUUAAGUGGUUUUUCUUUAGGGGAGUUUAUCUGCCCUGUUUACAUAAUAACUGAAUCAAAAAUGCUCUUUUUUUUAGCUAUAGUUAAAGUCAUUAACCGAGACUCUAAUGCAAUAGUUUUAUAAUUGUUCCAGUGCAAUGAAUGUGGUUUACAGAACUGGUAUCGCUUUUUCAACUCCAUGCAGAAAUACUCUUGUUUUGGGGAAUAGUGUUGUUUACUGCUCUGUGGAGUCUGACCCUGCACUGUAGGAUACAGGACACACAGGAUUUAACAGUGCCCCCAGGCAGGAACAUCACAGCAGUAUCAUCUCCUGUUGAACGAGUGGACAUCAUUUCAGUUAGCCACUAACACAGCAGCUCUCCUUCUCCAGUAAGGGCAGAGGUCCACAAGGCAAAAUCACUUGCACAACACAUUUUAAAUCAAGUUAUCCUAAAUCAAAAAGGAAAAUUCACACCUCGUUAUGGGGAUCUGCUCAUGUACUGGUUCCUGGUGCUUGAUUACACCAUUUCCUGUGUGGAUGUCUGCUUUGUCUGCCUUCAUGGUGUUAAUAUUAAACUGGAAAUACAAGACUGAUAGGCUUGAUGCAGGCUUUACAGUUGUACAGUUGUACAUUGAUCAAUGAGUGUGCAUUGAGUGUCUCAGAUCUCUUCCACAUAGUAUAAAUGAGAAGAAAAAAAUCCUCAUUCUAUCAAACACAGUGGUAGCUACAGUUUGACUCAUGACUAUUUUGCUUUAAUUGUAUUGCAGAAGAUGAAUGCAUAACAAGUAGUUAUUUUAUCUUACUAAAGACUGUGACAGGGAAAGCUGAAGUAUCUCAGGAAUUCAAGGUUAUAAUAAGCAAUUGUUGAAGUAAUGUGUCCAAUAAAAAACCAAGUACAAAUGUUUAUUACUCCAAAUGCAAAAUUAGACCUAAGAUCUUAAACACUAAAACGAGGAACAAAUCAAGACUAACACUUAGAAAUUACAGAUGAACACUUCUUAGCAAUAACAUAAGGUGCAUCUCUGUGUACACAGGUGUGCACGUUACAUGUUUAGUCUUUCUUACAAUCCCAGGAGCCAAUAGUCACAGGUCCAGAUCACUCUUCCUGGUUGGUCAUGAUAUAUAGGAGAUAUAUAGGUCAUGAUAUAUAGGAGAUAUAUAUGUAAAGCUGUCAAGGUUCUUCCUGUUUCCCCCCCUCAGUUGUCUGAGUUGUCUUAGCUGGGGUGAAAGCUUAACCUUUCAGGACAGGUUAGUGAUAACAGAGAUAAUAGACUCAAAACAUGGACUAGGGAAAUGUCUCAAGAAAAAUGACCAAGAAAUCUCACCACUCAGUGAGGAAAUAUCCAUCCUUUCUUUGCAUGACAGCAGCUAUGUUUUUCUUAAAGUUGUAACUAAGCUGAACAUGUGGUGCUUGGUUGUCGUUUCUUUGAGUUAUGUGAGAAGAGGGGAGAUUUCCAUGAUAGGUGAGACAUCAGGGCAGCUUGCACUCAGUGCAGGGACAGUAGGGAAUGCAUUGGGAAACCCUAAAGGUCCCACCUGAGGAAUACUGAGAUUACUGAGAAUGUGUUUGGUGUGUCAGUAGCUGUCAGGCAGAUUUGUGCUGAGGACAGGUCCUACUGCCCAAGCCUUGGCACCGUGAUCUCUCCUAGGGAACAGAGUGAGAGGCCAGCAAAGCAACUCUUCCCUCCAUGGCCUCAGCCUGGAGUUUUAAUCUAAAGUGUUAAAGAGAUAAUGCUUUUAGUCCUGUCAUGGACAUGCACCCAGAACAAGACCAUGCCUGUGGGGGUGUCCUGAGACUGGAAGAUCAGGCACCAGUGACCAUCAAGGAUCCCUUUUUCCCCCAGGAAAUGAUCCAAAUGAAAUUAACCAUGUGGAAAGAAUCCAAAUACAGUAAAUGCCUCAGCCUCCUCCCCUCAAACUGAACUCGUGCAGUGCUCUGUGGGCAGCAGGAUACCAGGUGGCUGGUUUACUUUGUGUGUUUGGAAAUUGCUUGUUGCUUCUGGUGGUGGGAGCAAAGGUGGGGCAGUGGGACUGGCACCACAGUACCACAGCCAGCUGCACUUCACCAAAUUAUCCAAAAAAUGACACUAUUGAAAAGAACUUCUGCGGCACAGAAGUGUGUGUGUGUUCACCCAAAGUGUGCUUCGUGCCAGCUCUGGCUUUAAUGCAAGGCUGCCUUUUAUUUGUUGCUGUUCAUAUUUUGGCAAAUCAUUUUUACUUUGGAAUGAAGAUUAUUCCCUAACAUUUUAUUCUGUGUGAAGCUAAUAGGUUUAUGAUGGUUUUUAUUGCUUUUGUGGUUUUGUUUUGUUUACUAAUUAGUUCCUUCUUACAAGCUGUUUGGUUUUCUUUUGGAAAAAUCAACUUAUUUAGCUUUAGUGUAUCUAGGAGUUUAAUUCCUCAGUGCUCAUUUCUAUCUGGGUUUGUGCAAUCAGCAGUAUCUGCUUUCAGGGAUUUCAAGUUUUAUUUUUCAGCAAAAGCUUUGGUGCCAAGUUCAGAGGAAAAGCAAAGAUACAUGCUUGGGUUUUAUAAGAAUUUUGUGUCUCUAGUAAAAAAAAAAAAGGGGGGAAUUAAAAUCGAGUUAUGAGUCAUUUUCAGAAGUUAUCCUGAAAGUGCAACCAGGAAGGAACUCCUUUAAAGGCCAGGGAUGACUUGUCCAUCAGACUUGAAGAAUCAGACUCUGUGUUUAAUUUGUAGUUUAUUGUUAUUUGUCAACUAAAAUGCUUUAUAAAACGGUCUUAAAAUAAUAUCUCAUUUUUAAUACCUUAGGUUGAAAGAGAUGUUUAUGUAUUUAGAUAAGCCCUGGUUUUUAAGAAAUUCAUCAUAGUUUUAGUGUUUGAUGUUUUAGUUCCUUCUAGUGACUGCAUGGUAUUUGCAGCCUGUCUGUUGGCAUUACUCAACACAAUUUAGUUUAAGAUUCAUGCCAGAUGCCAAUCUAAACAUAUCAAUUAUGACUUGUUUUAACAUUAGGAACUCUUCCUCUGAACAGAAAGAUAAAAAAAAACUAAAUAAAAUUGAUUUUUUUUAAUCUACAACAUUGCAUCUGAAUGUUAUGUGGAAUAAAGAUGAACACAUUGCACAUUGCAGAAGUCUCAAAAAUUGGUAUAACAUAUAUCAAAAGGAUACACAAGAGCAAAUGCAGCCACUUACAGCAUAAAACUCCUUUACAGACUUGCAGUUGUUGUAUCCCUAUAAUAACACUUUUUACAUUUCUUUGUUUACUUUAAGGUAAUGUUUAAGAACCAUUUAUUCUUCAUUUCCAAAGGAAGCAAAGGCAAAAAUGCAGUGUGAUAUACUAGAAGUAACAGAAACUCACUGGUUGUUUCUAGAAAUUAAUUCUGGUGUCUCAGUUUGUACAAGCCUCUUUCUAAAAGCUAAAGUCCCUCUGGGUUUAACUCAAGUUGGCAGGUUGCAACAGAACAGGCAACAAUGAGUAGUACAUGUUCUGCAUAGCAGACAAACAAGCCAGGCCAUGGGCUGUGGUUUCAUGGCACUUCACAUGUCCAGUGCAUAGAACAAAAUAAGGAUCACUGCCCAAUAAAGGGCAAGAAUGGGAACAACCCUGUUGCUUAGAGGAAGUGUAAAAUUCAGGUAUAUUGACCAUACUUUGACUAAAACAUAGAAAUGGAUCAAUAAGUAUACAUCAGAAAUUUAAAAUACUGUUUUCUUCUCAUGCUGGAGUUCUCACAGGAGAGGGUAAGCAUUCCUCAUACCUUCAGUUUUAAUUUUUCCUAUAAAAUAGUCACAGCUGGGUCAGGAAACUACUCCAGUGCAGAAAAAAAGUCUUCAGUCAUUCUAAGCAGAAAAUACAUGCCCAAAUGAUGUUGUGGUCAUUACUAGUGAGAUCCAAGUUGACCCAACAACAGCUCCUGUAAUGCAGUUGGUCACAAGGGAAGCAUGAAGAUGAGCAUGGCAGAUGUAGACACAGAUUUUUAGUGCCCAGCUGGCCACAGAAGCUCCUUCUACAGAAACUGAAGAUGUCACCCAACAAGAAGCCGAAAGCCCUUUGCAGGACAGAAAACCUGAGAGACUUCAGCAUGCACAAAAUUAAUCAGCAAACAAGUACGUGUCUCUUCACUCUCAUGAUAUUCGAAUGUUUCCUGUUCGCUUUGUUGAUUAAACAAUUCCUAGUUGGUUCAAUAAUUUUUAAAAAUCGUGCAACAUAUGUGAAGACAGAUUUCCCGUUAGGCUGGUAUUGGCUUAGUUAAUAAUGUUUCCAGUUCAUUAACUGGAGUGCCCUAGCACAGAGCUCUGCUUGCCGUCCUCACAGCCCGGCUGCUGCUCCUGCACACCGGCAUCCGCAGGGAGCCUGCUCGGCAGUGCUCCCACCUGCAUGGGCUUGGACGCAACACCUCAUGCCCUGAGAAGCAGGAGGCCAUGUUUUUCCUCACCUAUGUGCCCAGUGUGAGUUUAGAUUGGAUACUAGGGAAAAGUACUUCACAUAAAGGAAGCAAGCACUGGAAUAGGCUGCCCAGGGAGGCAGUUGUGUCACCAUUCCUGGAGGUGUUGAAAAGAUGUGUAGAUGUGGUACUUGGGGACAUGGUUUAGUGGUGGUAGACAUGGCGGUGCUGGGUUAAUUAAUGACUGGAGUUGAUGAUCUUGGAAGUCUUGUAUAAAUGAUUCUAUGAUUCUCUUUUGCUUCUGGCAGAAGGGUGGCCUGCCUUUCCAGGCUGACCGAGUGGUGGAAGUAACAUGGGAGGCAAGAGGCUGUGGGAGAAUAAACACACCACCUUGCAGAACACUGUUUAGGGUUGGAUUUAUCUUGGCCAAGUUUCAGACACACAGAUUUGAAAAGCUGGGAGGAGGGAUAUUCCAUAGGUAAUUCAGAGCAAUGUGUGGGACUUUUUCUCAUGUGAUUUCAGAUGCAAGCUUUCUGCUCUGAAACAACCUUGGAGGGCCUGGCCUUUUUCCAUGGACUGCAAAGGGAGCACAGAAGAUGAGCCUUGCUGGACUAAACCUGUACUUUGUGAAUGCCACAAGUACUUUCCUGGAGAAAGGAUGUACUACAGAGGUGUUCUACCACAACACUAUGCCCCAGAUCCACUGCUGUAGGGGAAAUUUGUCAGUUUUAAUAUUAGCCCAUGGAGCAACUGGUAGCUCUAAAUUGCCCCCAAGAAAACCAAUUGUUUUAAGACUUGCCAGUAAAGUGUUUUAAAAUCCUC